GAGCGCACUUGUGAAACAUGCAGCGCGACCCUCGUAUCAUCGAUGCGAGUUGUCCCCCUCGAGAGGGACUCUAAGGGGAGAAUACUUGAAAUUGAUCCUGAUAUUCUUGAGAAUGUUAUUCGUGAUUCAAAUAAGCGAAUAAAAUUUAUGAAAAAUGUAAAAAUAUAUAAUGAUUUGAUAGGUGAAAAGAAUUUAUCUACAAGUGAAGAUGAAUCUAGUGAAAGUAUAUCAAGUGGAGAUGUUUCAAGUGAUAGUUCGAGUAAUGAUGAAUUGGAUGAAGAUAAUUUAAAUGAGAGUGGAUCGAAUGAGGAUGAUAAAUCUAAUGGUGUUAAAACACGAGAGAAAAAACCUUAUAAUAAUUUUGUUAGUAUUAGAUAUAAAGAUAUUAGUGAAUUAAAUCCAGAAUUGAGUAAUCAAGAUAUUUUUAAACGUAUUGCUGAAGAGUGA